GACUUAUUCCUUGUCUCUAUGCCUUUGGCUCACGUCAGCAAUGGCGGCGGCGACGGAGGCCUUCUCGCGCCGCCUGAGCGAUGCCGUUCGGGGGCUCUCCGGCGCCUGGUACGGCCGCCACAUGGCCGCCGCCGACCGCGCCAUCCGCAGCCGCCUCCCCCUCGUCGACCUCGUCCUCGAGGUCCGCGACGCCCGGGUACCCGCCGCCUCGGCGUUCGCGCCACUCCGCCGCCGCUCCCCGGAGCCCGACCGCCGCCGCCUCGUCGUGCUCAACAAGGCCGACCUCGCGGACCCCUCUCAAACCGAGAAGUGGAUGGCGUACAUGAAGCAAACGAGCUGCUCCUGCGUCGCUCUUAAUUCGCACAGCAGGGAGGGCAUCAAGGAGCUGUUGAAUGCUGUGCGGGCAAAGAUCAGGGAGAUUAAACUUGGUGAGAGCGAUUGCACUGGAACCGUCCUCUUGGUCGGUAUUCCUAAUGUUGGGAAGUCAGCAAUCGUCAAUGCCAUGCAUCGAAUUGGGAGGAUUGGGGCAGCAGAGAAGGGAAAGCUCAAGCAUGCCAUUGUGAGCAGCCAUCCAGGAGAAACCAAGGACAUAAGUGGUUACAAGGUUGCUAGUCAUCCAAAUAUAUAUGUAUUAGACACUCCUGGUGUUUUGUCUCCUGUAUUUUUUAAUGACGAGUCUGGUCCUCUACUAGCUUUGACAGGAGCAAUCAAGGAUUCCAUGAUGCAGGAGUUUGAGAUUGCCCAAUUUCUGCUUGCAAUUUUGAACUCAAGGGAGACAUACAAGAAGUGGGAGAACAUGAAUCAAGCAGGAGAUAUGCCUUCUUUCAGCCAUGCAAUGUCAUCCAGCAGUCACCAUAAUAAAAGGCAAUAUGCUUCAGAUCAUACCCAAGAUUUUGUUGUGAAGGCUGUUCGCCAAGUGCUUUUUGAUAGUAUAUCAUCUUUUAAGGGGUAUUUAGAAAAUGAGAAUGAAUUAAAGAGUUUGAUAGAAUGCCAGUUUAUAGCCUUGCAGGAGGCUUUCAGGGUUUCUGCUGAUCUAAGUGAGGAUGUGCGUAAACUUGUUGCUAUGAAAUUACUCAACCUCUAUCGAACAGGAAGACUUGGCCGUUAUACCUUAGACUGUGCUCCAGAUGUUAGGAAGGAAAUUGUUUCAUGAAUCUCAUGAUCAUUCAAGUGCGUAGUAGAACAUGUCAU